AUGGAAACUUUCAACAACUCAAACAACAUCAACAUCGAGCGUGCUAAUCAACAUCAAAAGAAGAAGCAACAAUUCCAUAAACUCAAGAAACUUCUCAAAAGUGCCUUAGCUUGCAUCAACAACAAAAAUCACUCAAAGAAAUCAAACGAAGUUGAAAAUCGCACGGAAAUCGACGACAACAAUUUCAAUGAAAUGCUUGAACGUCGCAAUGAAGAUCGACAAAAUUUAAUUAAUGAGCAAAUCAAUGGACAGCAAAGCUACUGUUUCGUGGAAAACGAGCAUGGAAAAUUUUAUUGGUCAUCCGAUAUCAAUCGAUUUGUGGCAGUUGAUCGUGACUUGAUCACAUCGGAAUUUUGCGCAACAAAUCACCAACAACCGCAAAUUCAAUGCUGUUAA